AUGACGGGCUCAACUAUCAAGCUCAGCAGCGGCUAUGAGAUGCCCCAGGUGGGCUUUGGGUUGUGGAAGGUUGACAACAAGAUAUGCGCCGACACCGUUUACAAUGCCAUCAAGGCGGGCUAUAGAUUGCUCGACGGAGCUUGCGACUACGGAAAUGAAAAGGAAUGCGGCGAGGGCGUCGCCCGUGCCCUCAAGGAAGGCCUCGUGAAGCGCGAGGAGCUCUUCAUCGUGUCCAAGCUAUGGCCCACGUUCAACGACCCGGAGCAGGUCGAACCCGUGGUGAAGCGGCAGCUGUCGGACUGGGGCAUUGACUACUUUGAUCUGUACCUCAUCCACUUUCCGGGCGCGCUCAAGUUUGUCGACCCCUCGGUCCGCUACCCUCCGGGCUGGCACCACGACGGCAAGUCGCAGAUUGUCAAGUCCAAGACCACCAUCCAGGACACCUGGCGGGCCGUCGAGGCCCUCGUCGACGCCGGUCUCGCCAAGAGUAUCGGCAUCUCCAACUUCCAGGCCCAGCUCAUUUACGACAUGCUGCGCUACGCCCGCAUCCCGCCCGCCACGCUGCAGAUCGAGCACCACCCGUACCUCGUGCAGCAGGAGCUGCUCAACCUGGCCAAGGAGGAGGGCAUCGCCGUGACGGCCUACAGCUCCUUUGGCCCCGCCAGUUUCCUCGAGUUCGGCUUCAAGCAUGCCGAGGCUCUCGUGCCGCUGCUCAAGGACGACCUGAUCACCGGCAUCGCCAAGAAACACGGCAAGGAACCCUCGCAGGUGCUGCUUCGCUGGGCGACACAGCGCGGACUGGCUGUCAUUCCCAAAACAAGCCGUCCCGAGAUCCUGGCGCAGAAUUUGGAUGUCAACAGCUUUGACCUCGACCAGGAGGAUAUCGACAAGAUCUCAGCCAAGGACUCUGGUAUUCGCUUCAACCAGCCCUCGAAUUACUUUGACACUCAAAAGAUGUGGAUCUUUGGUUAA